CAAGGAGUAGAAGAAAGAAAGCCAAAAGAAGAGAGAGAAAAAAUGACAUCCGAAUGCACUGGGAAGAGUUCAUGGCCAGAGCUGAAAGGGAAACAAGGGGAAGUUGCAGCAGCAACAAUAGAGAGAGAGAAUCCUGAAGUUGAUGCUGUAAUUGUGUUGGAAGGAUCGGUUGUUACAGGAGAUUUCCUCUGCACUAGGGUUCGUGUUUGGGUUGAUGAAGAUGGCAUCGUGACAAGGGUUCCUGCUAUUGGUUAGGACUUCCAAGUAGAUUAUACUUAAAGUUCUACAUAUCAUUUGUAAUGUAAUAAUAAUUGUGAAAAGGAAGCCCCAUGGAUAAUUUGUAUGAAUCUUAAACCUAAAUAAGAGUGGCUUAA